GUGGAUAUUAUCGGUGGAUGACUGUAUGUUAAUGUGUGUAUGUAUGCAUUUUCUCUCUUCUUUCUUCUCUUCCUCAAAAUAACCGAACACAAAUCCAAUGCCUUCUUCACUCUCCACCACCAUAACCACCGCUCGCGCCCCUCCUCUACCACCACCAACAACCUCCCGUCUCAGAACCACUUCAAUCCGAGCACAAUCCCUAACCCUACCCGAUCCAGACCAUAACACGCAUUCUCCCUCACCUUCUUUUGUCACCGGAGUACAAAAACUACCAAUCACAACACUAGCAGUAACCGAUGAACGAACAAAGAGAAUCGCAAAGGAAAUGGAGAAGCUGAAAUUGAAGGAAGUUAAAGAGAGAAAGGAAAUGAAGAAUCAGAAAGUAGCUUCGCAGAAAGCGAUUUCUGUUAUACUUCGUAGAGAAGCUACAAAAGCUAUUAUUGAUAAGAGAAGGAAGAAAGGUCCUGUUAAUUCUAAAAAGCUUUUGCCUAGAACUGUACUUGAAGCGCUUAAUGAAAGAAUCGCUGCAUUUCGUUGGGAAUCUGCUCUUAAGGUUUUUGAACUACUACGUGAACAGCUUUGGUAUAGACCUUACGCUGGUGUAUACAUCAAGUUAAUAGUCAUGCUUGGAAAAUGUAAGCAACCUGAGAAAGCUUUUGAACUCUUUCAAGCUAUGAUCGAUGAAGGUUGUGUCUUGGACUGUGAAUCAUAUACGGCACUGUUAUCUGCCUAUGGCAGGAGUGGUCUCUUGGAUAGAGCUUUCUCUCUUCUCGAGGAAAUGAAGAGUACACCUGGUUGUCAGCCAGACAUUCAGACUUAUUCAAUCCUCAUAAAAUCUUGUUUGCAUGUUUUUUCCUUCGACAAAGUUCAGAUUCUUUUAUCUGACAUGGCCUCUCUUGGUAUCAAACCAAAUACAGUCACCUACAACACCCUUAUUGAUGCCUAUGGGAAGGCAAAAAGGUUUUCAGAAAUGGAAUCUACACUUCUGGAAAUGCUUGCUGACCAAGAUUGUCAACCUGAUGUAUGGACCAUGAAUUCAACACUCAGGGCCUUUGGCAACCUAGGACAGAUAGAAACAAUGGAGAGGUGUUAUGAUAAGUUUCAGACAUCUGGAAUCCAGCCAAAUGUUCAGACCUUCAAUAUUCUCUUGGAUUCCUACGGCAAGGCCCGUGAUUUCACAAAAAUGAGUGCUGUGAUGGAAUACAUGCAGAAAUACCACUUUUCUUGGACAAUUGUAACUUACAAUAUUGUGAUUGAUGCUUUUGGGAAGGCUGGGGAUCUCAAACAGAUGGAGUAUUUGUUUAGGCUAAUGCGGUCAGAAAGAAUAAAACCUAGUUGUGUUACACUGUGCUCACUUGUGAGGGCUUAUGCACAUGCAGAUAAGCCUGAAAAAAUUGGUGGUGUCCUACGUUUUGUUGAUAAUUCAGAUGUAACACUCGAUACUGUAUUCUUCAAUUGCUUGGUCGAUGCUUAUAUGAGGUUAGGUUGUUUGGAUGAGAUGAAGGAAGUGCUUGAAAUAAUGAAACAGAAAGGUUGUAAACCGGAUUUCAUAACUUAUAGAACAAUGAUUAAAGCUUAUUCAUCUAAGGGCAUGCAUAGUCAUGUAAAGGAGCUUAGAGAGCUCCUCACAACAGUGAAGAGACCUCCUUUUGAAAGAAACAAACCUGACUUUUGACGAGAAUAUCUACCAAUACUUUUGUUUCAA